AUGCUAAAGACACUGCCAGAGAAUCAGAAAAAACGAUGGGACCAACAUGUCUCGAAAGUUGUACACGCAUAUAAUUGCACGAGAAAUGAUGCUACCGGUUUCUCGCCAUUUUUCCUACUUUUCGGUCGUUCUCCAAGAUUAUCGAUAGAUUUGAUGUUUGGUUGUAACAAAGUUGAAGACAGACUCAAACAUAAAGAUUAUGUGAAAAAGUGGUCUAGUGCAAUGAAUGACGCUUAUACUUUCGCCAGCGAACAUGCUACUAAAAACAGUUCAAAAGGAAAGAGACAUUAUGAUAAAGGUGCGAGAUAUUCCACGUUAAAGCCUGGUGAUCGUGUACUAGUAAGGAAUUUAAGUGAACGGGGUGGUCCUGGGAAGUUGCGAUCGCACCGGAAGAAAGACAUUCACAUUGUCGUAAAUUGCAUGCCGGACAGUCCCGUGUAUGAGGUGAAACCAGAAGCGAAAGACGGAAGGAAACGAUUACUUCAUCGGAAUCUUUUGUUGCCGCGCGAUUUCCUACCGCUCACACCGGAACCACAAGAAAAAACAAGUCAAGUUCAAGAAAAAACAAGUUCAAAAGAAGGGUAAAAGCCCAAUUGAAACUGCACACGGAACAGCAGAACAGUGUGAAAGUGAUAGUGAUGACUCGAAGAAUUUUAGUCGAGGACCUGUAUAUGAGUUUGUAUGCAUUUCAUUUAGGACAGAUAAUCUCAACUGUUUUAGGGCAAGUUGACCAUGACGGUCAACAUGGUAACGCUGCCCGAACCCCAAUCCGGGCCGAAACGUCCGAAACUGACCACACCCAAAAACGACGCUUUCGCCACACUGCUAUCUACCAAACCAUAAAAGCUUUGGCUAUUCUGAGGUGCUUAUAUGGUUCAGAGAUGGUACUUUUGGGGGUGAUCAUUGGUAAGUGUGAAAUGCCUAGCACUAAUAUUUCACAAGAAAAUGACCAUGCAAUAAUCAUAGUUAAACGUCAAUUUGUGGCUUGCAACUUCAGAUAAACAGCAGUGGACUUACAUUACCUUUUUCCCUAAAUUUUUUUGAUAGAAACAUAAUUGCUACUUAUUUAAAUAUAUUAUCACUGGUUUGGUGUAAAAUAGUUAAUAUUUUCUGAACGAAAUAAUAAUUUGAAAUGUGCCUAUCUCCUGCAAAUGGACGUAUUUGGCCAAGUUCUCCACUUUACUCCGCUGUUUAUCGGCGAUCUCGUCGACAUCCUACAAAAAAUGUAAAUCAUCUCAGACAUAAUGGUAUCAAGAACAUUUUAAACAAGUUUCAACUUGGUUUAAAGUAGCCGGAUCAUACCUGUUUAACCAUCGACAAGGUAAAUCCACAACUUUGUCCAAAUUCGGCGCCAUUUUGUCAUCCCAUGUCGGUUGUCAACAAUUCGGCCUUGUUACUCUUCCAUCCAAGCCAUUUCUAUUCCACUAAUAAUAAAUUUAACCCGUUCGUAAUUUGUACGUUUUUGGGUGUGGUCAGUUUCGGACGUUUCGUCCCGGAUUGGGGUUCGGGCAGCGUUACCAUGUUGACCGUCAUGGUCAACUUGCCCUAAAACAGUUGAGAUUAUCUGUCCUAAAUGAAAUGCAUACAAACUCAUAUACAGGUCCUAGACUAUUUGAUUCAAAUAUUACCUGAACAGAGAAAUUUUGAAAAUGAUUCAUUACAAGGAAACGAAGCGGUUGAUCGAAGUGAACCUGAUACGGCGGAUCCAGCAGAUGAUAUAGCGCAAAACCAAGCUGCAGAGAACACCCAGGAGCCUAACCCGAACACGGAGCUGGAAGAGCAACAGAAUGAAGAACUAAUACAACCUGCAACAGAGAAUCCCCACCUACCCCACCAACACGACGAAGUACGCGAGUAA